GUGAAAGAGAGCACAGAAAAGGCUCUGGCAGCAACAUCACUUCCUCUGGAUGUGGCGAUCGAGUGUCUGAUGCUGCGCGAGGGUCGCCGUGGUAACGACCUGGUGAGAGACCCCGUGGAGGCGGAGCUACACAAAGAGGUGGAGGUGAUUGACAGAGCCCGGAAGGUGCUGCAGCAGAAAGUGAGCCAGGCCUUUGAACAGCUCUGUUUACUGCAGGAGGUCCGGCAGCAGCUGACCUUUGACCUACGGCAGAAGAAUGAGGCUUUGGAUGUGGACCGAAGCUGCCUGUCACUCAAUGUGAACUCUGCAGGAUUGUCUAUUCUCUGGACUUACAAGAGUUGGUUCUCAGAAGCUGCCUCGCUGAACGGCUGCCCGUUGUUUGUGUUGGGAUCGGGCAAGUUAGUUUCAGUGUUGGUGCUCGCUCUCACCUCUCUUGAGUGA